CUCAAGAGCAGUACGCAACCUGGCAUACUCGCCGUUACGCGCGACGAAAGACUUCCGAUUUAAUACUAAGUUCACGUGGCAGCCGCCAAUACACUCGUGCCCAGGCGUAGAAAAGUACUUUUUAGUACUCGAUGAUGUGGUCAAGACUGGGACUAAUUGGCGCAAAAGGACAAGAAGAAUAUUUGUAAAACCUCCUAGAUUUUACAUACAAAAUCUAAUGCCAGGAAGAGAGUAUAGGUUUUCUAUAACACCAUUCUUUCAAGACAUAGAUGAUCUUGGAGUCAAAGCCCAGCUGAAUUUCAACACAACUGAUGUUCCUGUGAACAAAACAACAAUACAGACGAUACAGCAAAAUAUGUCUAGUUACUCGUCAUCUGAUUGGUUCACUGUCAACAUCACGUGGUCAAGACCAUUGUUUAAUUACAGUACCAUCACAGGGUACAACGUUUCCUACUCGGCACAGGGUCAAGCAUGGAAAGUAAUUACAACGGAUAAACAGUUCUUCGUUGUGCGCGGUCUAGACUUUAGUCAAAGUCUAGAAUAUCAGCUCAUUCCAAUCUACCAACAUCCCUGGAUCGAAACUGUCACUACUGCAAGAUCUCUCCGAAUUCCAGAUCCGCCUAGAAAUGACUUAAAGGUCCAGAAUAUUCUAAUGCCUUCGAUGACUGAAAACAAAACGCGGAAUAUGUAUGACAUGACGUUCGUAUGGUCCUCGCCGAAGAUGGACAGAAACGUGUCGUUUUAUGAAGUGACUUACACACUAACGGGCUACCAAGACAACGAAUUAGAUUGUCCUCUAAAGAACUCAUCAAAACGAGGCUGUUUGGACUCCGCUGUGACUUCAACCAGCAUUAAUAUCCAGAGUGUUUUACCAAGUGAGCAAGUGGAAUUAACGGUGAAGCCCGUGUUUGCAAAUACUGUGUUUUUUCGCGGCGAACCAAUCAAAAUACAUCAACGAGCACCAGCUCCAAAGGACAGUCUGGUUGUUGUUCGUCAUCUUGAGCAUGAAAAACUGACACAAACAUUUAACAUCACUUGGGAUAAGCCGCUGUUCCAACAUAGUGCAGUCGAUCAUUACAUCGUUGGGUACGCAUUUUCUGAAAUUGACGUCAAAUCGUCAAGAGAAAUAAGAUCUUCUGAAAGUUUGCCUCAAAAUAUCAGCACUACAAAUGAGACAACUUACAAUAUCCAACGCAAUAGAUUCGAAAAAGGACAACAGAUUGACGUUGAGGUAACUCCAGUGUUCAAAGAUAAACUAAUUUCUGGGAAAACAGUGGGUUUGAAAAUAACAGAGCCUCUAAUUGCAGAGCUUUAUUCCCAGACCAUUUGGACAACUUGGAAAAUAGCUCUUUUAUCUACUGGUUUGGUGUUGCUGGUAUUACUAGUGCUGUUCUUUGCUAUAAUACUUGCUCGUCAUCAAAAAGACCGGCCAAGGAAGCCAGGUUCUGAUUUCAUGACUGUCGAUCACUGGGAAGUUGCUCUCGAUGAUCUGCAACUUGAACAAUGUCUUGGAGAAGGAGCCUUUGGUAGAGUAUAUAAAGCGAUUCUACUAAACCUACCAAAGGAGGCAUCAGCGGUCUCCAAGGGAAAAUCAAGCUCGGUCAGCUCUUCAAGUCCGUGUAAAAUUGAAGAAGGUCAUCUUGUGGCAGUUAAGAUGCUGCAAGAUUCCCUAGUCGUCACUGAAGAUGAGAGGAGAGAGUUUCUGAAGGAAAUCCAGCUUAUGAAAGACGUUGGCUCACAUCGUAACAUCGUGAACAUGUUGGGUUGUGGYACACUCAGUGACCCAAUGUUUCUUAUCGUGGAAUAUCUACCUAAUGGUGAUCUACUCCACUACCUCAGGGACAGACGUAGUAAGGUAAAAGAUUUAUCAACUAGGAAUGGCUACAAAAACUGUUAUCAUUAUACCUAUUAUAUGAACCAAAACAACUUCGUCGUGGACAACGAAGACUACCUCAAGCCCGUUGACUCGCACGAUAUGAACGUUAAGGGAAAACACAACAUAGGCUUUGAUGACGCUGAUGGUAUCGAACUUAAAUCAAUAAAGAAUUCUAGACCAACCAACAACAAUGGAAUUGACAUCAUGCAUUUAGACAGUUAUGAUGACGUAGAUGAUGACAUAUUGACAUGCGCAGAUCUGAUGGCUUUUGCUUGGCAAGUGUCAAAAGGAAUGGAAUUUUUAACAAGGCGUGGAUACGUCCAUCGUGAUCUCGCCGCUCGUAAUGUUCUUGUCGGUGAAAACAAAGAAGCAAAGAUUGCCGACUUUGGCCUGACACGUCACAUGUACAACAGUUUGUACCAGGCCCAGACCAGCCGUCGUCUUCCUAUAAAAUGGAUGAGUAUUGAAGCUAUUUUUGAUCAAAACUUCACAGAAAAGAGUGACGUUUGGUCGUAUGGGAUACUACUCUGGGAACUCUUCACUCUUGGUGGCACUCCAUAUCCCACCAAAAGCGUCAAAGAGCUAAUUCAGUGUUUAAGAAAUGGCUAUCGAAUGGAAAAACCCGACACGUGCGACAAUGAAAUCUAUGACAUCAUGAUAGAUUGCUGGCACGAGGCACCAGACGAUCGUCCAACAUUCUCAGCUCUUGAAUUAAAACUGGAGGAAAUGAUGAUGAGAGACAAUCCAUACUUUGAUCCAAGCUCUGUGGACGAGUCGCUCCUCUAYUAUCAAGUCCCGUCGUUCAAGAGUAUCGAAGAUACUGACGAAUUAGACGAUGACGUGUUCGUGGAAGUUUUUGGAAGGAAAGAUGCCGAUMARCAAAMCGAUCCUUGUUUUGAGAACGAAUUUAUGGAUCAUUCAGAUUCGUAUGACGRCAACGUGGCAGAUAACGGCAUUCAUAUUUCCUGUGAAAUGAAAGUUAAGAAAGAUACCGAGCAAGAGUUCAAAGAUGGAAAUAUGAAUGGAAUCGAAAAACUAGAUGGGAAUGGGAAUAAACUGAAGAAUAACGAUAUUGAAGAAUGCAAAGAGAGCAUGGACCAGGUCGUUGAUAUGAGCAACUACGAUUACGUACAUUUUGUGUAAAAUAACCAGACAAGAUGAUAGGUCCAUACAAGAGAAUAUCAAGAACAGUUGGAAUCACUUUUGGCGAACUUUCUUUUUGUGUGGGGUCUACCCCAAAGUCAUUUAGUUCCGCGAUAUCUCUAAGUAAAAAGUACGCUAUUUGGCGACAUCAGUUCUUAGAUAUGUUAAAAAUAUCGCGGAGUUGUUAAACUUCAAAAUGGUAUUGAUUCCUUUCAAGUCAUUAAAAAUUCAAUAAGAAAGAAUCUUCCACAUUAUGAUUAUAUUGUCUGAAUAAAAUUUUAAUCAAUACAGCACACUCUUCAAAGGUAUAUUAUAUUCAGUACAUAUGCAGAUAAAACAGGUGAAUUCCACCAUGUUGGACGUUUUAAGAAACACUUCAUUGUAUUAUUCUUCUGUGUUCAGUUUUACUAAGCAAAUCAUAUUAAAAUGUAUCAUCAUAAAUGUAUUGAUAUUUCUUCUACAAGACAAUGAAGUCAAUAAAGUGUUAACCAUAUAGUCAAA